AUUGACAAUUAAAUUGUAAUUAAAGUUUAUGAUACAUGCACUGAUGCAUAAUGAAUAUUUUGCUUGUGUCUGAACAAUACAUUCAAUGGGUAUUAGAAAAAUGUUUAGAAAAAUCAUAUAUAUUGCACAUGAAUACAGUAGUAAAAGUACCUGAGACAGUUAAAUUCACUGAUAAAAGUAUUAUAAUAAAUAGAGAUUAAAAUGACGUUUAUCUUUAGUAAAUCUACACCUUUAUAGUUCUGCAGUCAUAACUAAGUAAUGAAAUAACAAUUGCUUGUUUGGGACCUUAGUAAGGAUAGGGUACUUUGAAUAAUUUCAAUAAUGAGAGUACAGUACUUGUAUAUUGUUUUAAGAUUACAUGCUUAAGUUUGUUAAGUUUCUGAAUUUUUAUAUGACUGUCAACACAGUAAGUUUAUGUGACAUUUUAAUCAUUAUUAAAAUUAAAUCUUAUUUCACGAGCAAUUAACGUACGAUAUUAGUACGACAUUGUACUGGGACGAAAAAACGCACAUGCUGUCAACCGGUGACUAUGUAAAUUACUACCUUCAUAAAACGCCCUAUUAAUAGAACAACGUUUAUUCGCAUUUUUUAUUCCUCAACAUGACUGAUCCUAGAAUAUUAGCUGUCAAGGAGUUAAUUGAACUAUGCCCAGAUUUUCCAAAGCCAGGAAUAUUAUUUCAGAACAUUUUCCCAGUGCUCAGGAAUCCAAGUGUUUUUAAAGGACUGAUUGACGUUCUUGCAGAAGAUAUAAGGGCAAAAUACCCUGCAGUUGAGGUCAUUGUUGGACUUGAUUCAAGGGGUUUCCUGUUUGGUCCAAUGAUUGCACAGGAGUUGAAUGUUGCAUUUGUUCCUGUUAGGAAGAAGGGAAAACUUCCGGGAGAAACACACCGAGUGGAAUACUCUUUAGAAUAUGGAAAGGACUCGUGUGAAAUUCAGAAGAAUUCUCUACAGCCGGGACAAAAAGUUGUAAUAGUUGAUGAUUUAUUAGCGACUGGAGGUACAAUGAAAGCUGCAUGUGAUCUUAUGGAAGCAGCAAAAGUAGAAGUUCUUGCUUGUUUAGUAGUUAUAGAACUAAAGGUGUUAAAAGGAAAGGAUCAAAUAAAAUACCCUUUACUUUCAUACAUUGAAUAGGCGCAUAUUUAUCAUAUAUUUAUUAAGCCACAAUUACGAAUAGAAAUAUGAAUAUCUUGAACUUGGACAGUUGCUUGAAUGAAGUUUCAAAAUGUGCAAUUGUUGAUAGAAACAUUCCCAUGUUCAGGUUUGAAAAUAUACGUACAUGAUAUUUGUAUAAUUAAGCUGUUUGUAUAACUUUUAUAUUACUUACGAAUUACGGGUAACGGGGUAAUCAUGCGGAUUUUGUCAGUUUACACAUUAUAGCCUCGACCUAUAAGCCGUACGUCUUGUGAGCGAGUAAAUUGAUAACAUAAAUCAUAGACAUCAAAUCACUUCAAAUGUUACAUGCAUACUUUUUUAUGCAUUAACAUUUUAUGGGAUAUUGAUGGUAUACAUACUUAAAAUAUGAAAUAUAACCAA